CUAAAAAACCAGUGAUUUCUUACUAUGUUGGUAUUUCAAGUCACGGGCCAUGAAAACUUGUAAGGUGCUUGGUCUAUUUAUAUACCUUACCUGUGCUCAUAUCAAGAAGUUUUAAGUUCUUUUUGAUCAAACCACGAUGGGUAUCUCUCGUGAUCAUUGGCAUAAGAGACGAGCAACUGGCGGUAAAAGAAAACCAAUUCGUAAAAAGAGGAAAUUUGAAUUAGGGCGUCCAGCUGCAAACACAAAACUUGGAACUCAACGUAUUCAUACGGUACGUACAAGAGGUGGUAACAAGAAGUACAGAGCUCUUCGCUUGGAUACAGGAAAUUUUUCAUGGGGUUCAGAAUGUACUACAAGGAAGACACGAAUUAUUGAUGUAGUUUAUAAUGCAUCAAACAAUGAAUUAGUGAGAACCAAAACUCUUGUAAAAAAUGCAAUUGUUACCGUUGAUGCAACACCUUUCAGACAGUGGUAUGAAGGCCAUUAUGUUUUACCAUUGGGUCGUAAACGAGGUGCUAAAUUGACUGAAGCUGAAGAAGAAGUUUUACAUAAAAAACGAUCAAAAAAAGCAGAAUCUAAAUAUAAAGCAAGACAGAGAUUUGCCAAAGUUGAACCAGCUUUGGAAGAGCAGUUUGCUACAGGACGAGUUCUUGCUUGUAUAUCAAGUAGACCUGGACAAUGCGGACGAGCAGACGGUUAUAUGUUAGAAGGAAAAGAACUUGAAUUUUAUAUGAGAAAAAUUAAAAGCAAGAAAGCUAAAUAAAUAUUUCAAUAAAUAAUAA